UCUCGAUCGUGCCAUUGAGCAUCCCCACAUGCAUCCGGUCUCGAUCUUGACCCUCUUAGUGUUUUGUUCUGGCUACGUCACAGCUCGCUGGGACCUCGUCGCGCAGUUGAUCGAGCUCGCGCUAUUCGCUUGGGACCACUCCGUUGUUACACGAGCUCUCAAGGGAUUCGCGGUCCUCACCAUCUUCUUCGUCCUCAUUCUCAUCCCACUCGAACGCAUCGCUGCGCGCGAGGCCGAGCUCCAUCCGCGAACGAUCGAUACUCCAGGUCUUUCAGCUCGAGAGCAGCUGAGGCGUCGCGGCUCGUUCUACAUGCCCACACGAAACCAUGGGUUGAUGCGUGUAUUCUGGCCGUCUGACGCGCCUAGAGAUGCCCUAGCAGGAGUCCUUGUUGGAUGGAGGAACUCUGAAUUGGAUGUGACCGUGAUCUGCAUACUUCAGGGAGUCGAUGUGCGAAAUACGGAUCAUGCACUGCGCAUGCGAGCACUCUUUCGUGGAUGUCCUCAUUCGAUAGACAAGAUCACCGCGCACUGUGGUGGGCAACCGCUACAGGUGCUGGGAACACUCAAUGCAGACACCUCGGCCACGACCUUCGACCCCAAUCUCUUGUCACUACACACAGUACCACGGAGCACAAUACCUCGAGUCGACUAUCCGGAGGAUGCUCCAAUCACGAUCCAAAUCAUAACUUUCAUCAGACCCGAUCCGAAACGUAUGCAAUACCUGUCGCUCACGCCCAUAUCGCUCGCGCUUGGAGACAAACAGGUCAGAAUCGACAAAGAUGAAGAGCGCGAAAGGAUACGACAGGAGAAGCUGGUGGAGAAGUUGAAGUUGCACACCGUCGUGAAUCAUCCACGAACACAGAAAGAGCUGGCACUCAAGACAAUCAUUAUUCAGAUGAAUUGCUCGGCCGAGCUCAAUGCGUUGAUGCAACAGAAUAUUGGAAUGAUAGGCAUGAGGACGAAAAGAGCCAUGAGCGUCAGCGAACGAGUGGUGGAAUCAGCAACGAAUCUGUGGGAUUUCAUCCUGCUCUGGUCGAAGCAGGCGUUCAAGGAUCACAUCUGGCCGUUCGCGUCACAGGUGUUCAUCCUCUAUCUGAUGAUUCUUCGCGUGGCUGCGGAAGCUCUGCUUGUGCUGCUGGACUGGAGACCGACAGGCCGGGCUGCUCUGCGAGAUAUCUCUGCUUCCUGCCAGCAAGUUGAUAUUCGGCUUCAGCAGUUCUGCUAUUGGCCUGACCAAUAUGUGACCCUGCAUAACAGACGAAGUGACUGGGAGAGUAUCACGAACAGUCAUCCGGACUACAUUCGCUUCUUCAACAGUCUCUGGCUCGUCGCGAACGAUGUCAUUAUCGGAAUUGCGUUGGGCUCGUACAUCAUCGAAAACGUCGACUUUGUUGCUUCACAGCUGGACAAGGUGAUGACCACAUACUCGGUGGAGGGGCUUCAGCAAAUGCUCACCUGGCUGAUGGACUAUCCUGCCGGACUGAAGUUGAAUACGGAGCUGGCCAGAUUCCUUGGAGACCUCUUCCUCUGGGUCAUUGAGUACUGGAACGACUGCAUGACCCAGCUCCGACCAACGCUGCCGUACGUGAUCCGCCUGAUCGGCGUGUCCAGCUUCGCCGGGGCCAGUCUGCCCAUUGCAAUGUUCUCCGACUUACUCUCGUUGCUCACACUGCACAUCUACUCCUUCUACAUCGCAUCCGCGCGCAUCUACAAUUGGCAGCUGACGAUCAUCAUCUCGCUCUUCCACCUCUUCCGCGGAAAGAAGCGCAACAUCCUCCGCAACCGCAUCGACAGCUGUGAUUACGACCUCGAUCAACUACUUCUGGGCACGAUUCUCUUCACGCUUUUGUUCUUCCUCCUCCCGACCGUGGCUGUCUUCUAUGCUACCUUCGCCGGAGCAAGAAUGGGCAUUAUCGCAUUGAAAGCCGCAUUGGACACUUGGCUGGCUGUUCUCAAUCAUUUCCCGCUCUUCGCACUCAUGCUCCGCGUCAAGGAUUCCAGGCGUUUACCCGGCGGCAUUCGUUUUGAAUUGCAAGAUACCCCUCGCGCGUUGCUUUCUUCUUCUUCUGCAUCAUCCGCUGCAUCUAAAACUUCCUCCCCUCCUGCAAGGACCUCGUACAUCAAGUUACAGUCCGUCCCCUUACCUCUCUCCCAAACUUUCUCCCAGUACGCCCAACUUGGCCACCGCCUCCGAAAGCACUAUCUCUCUCCCCGUGUCUUCCUGUGUCUCGUCUCUGGACAAUUCGUGCCGCCUAUUCAUCGCAAGAGCCUUUAUAGCUUGCAGUACAGCAUGCUGCCGAGUCAAAGAGUGAGCAUUGGACAGCUGUGGAAGUUGUUGACGGAGGAGAGGAAGCCUGAAGGUGGUGUGGUCGUUGGGAAUGGGCAUCUGGUAGCGCCGACGACGUUGAAUGGGAGGAGGAGGAAGAGUGAGCGGAGGUAG